ACCCACGGCAACCCAGAUCUUUAAAUUCAGCAAUUCUUUCUCAGGUUUCAGCAAGUCAUUGGCAGCCUGAGCUAUUUUUGGGAUAUUUUCUCUACUGCAGAUGCAGCUCAGGAAAACGCAGGGAGCAUGCUAAAGACCUGCAGCUAUUUGCCUUGUACAAUUUGCUCAUUCCUCUUUAUUUCUCUGUUUUCCUGCACUCAUCACUUAAAGGACAAUCUUUCUUGCAAACAAAAUCCCCGGAGCCUGAUUAGAGGGACUGAAGGCUCCCAGACACGGAUUGCCUGCCAGCCACAGCACGGCGGAGCGGGCGCGGCAGGAGGCGGAGCGGGCCGCCGCACGUCCCCCGGCCGGCCGGCCGGCCCCCCCGCCAUGGGUCGGAAGCGCUGCGUGGGGGGAGACGGCUCCAAGAUGGCGGCGGGUUGCUGCGGGGUGAAGAAGCAGAAACUCUCCAGCUCCCCUCCCUCGGGCUCGGCCGGCCCGGGCGGCGGCGGCGGCGGCUCCCACUGCGGCGGGGCGGCGGCGGCGGGGGGCGAGCCGGGGGCGCUGCCCCCGCCGGGGGGCCCCCGCCUGAACGGCCUCGGGGGGCUGGCGGGGGGCGCCGCCGGCUGCGCCCUGUCCCCGCCGCUGCCGCCCAGCUGCGGCGGGGGCCCCGCCGGCCUCUCCCCGCCGUCCGCCUCGCUGCUCGCCUCCCCCGGCUCCGGCGGGCCCGGCUGCAGGAAGAUGGUGGUGUCGGCCGAGAUGUGCUGCUUCUGCUUCGACGUGCUCUACUGUCACCUGUACGGAUACCAGCCCCCGCGGAGCCCCCGCUUCACCAACGACCCAUACCCACUGUUUGUAACGUGGAAGAUCGGUCGAGAUAAGCGAUUGCGUGGAUGCAUAGGUACUUUUUCCGCCAUGAACCUGCAUUCAGGACUCAGGGAGUACACACUUACUAGUGCCCUUAAAGAUAGUCGUUUCCCCCCAAUGACGAGGGAUGAGCUGCCACGGCUUUUCUGCUCAGUGUCUCUACUCACUAACUUUGAAGAUGUAUGUGACUACCUGGACUGGGAGGUGGGUGUACAUGGCAUUAGAAUAGAAUUCAUCAACGAGAAAGGAUCAAAGCGCACGGCCACCUACUUACCGGAGGUUGCAAAGGAGCAAGGAUGGGACCACAUUCAAACCAUAGAUUCCUUAUUGAGGAAAGGAGGCUACAAAGCUCCGAUUACUAAUGAGUUCAGGAAAACAAUAAAGCUAACCAGGUACCGCAGUGAGAAGAUGACGAUGAGCUACACAGAGUACCUUGCCCAUCGUCAGCAUCAUCACUUCCAGAAUGGAAUAGUGCUUGAGAGCUGUAAGUACUGUGUAAUAAUUCCGAUACCCCUCCACACAGUAGAAGAAAGAAAACCAAUUGGAACUUUUUCCUGCUGUAAAAAUAGGAUUUAGUAAAAGGUAUGUGUGGUAUAUUUGCAAGCCCAGUCGAUGGCAGGAGCUCACUCCUUCCUCCUGUGCCUGCAGAACUCCCACUGCUGCCUGUUGCAGCUCAGUGUGUGUUCUAGGGGACAGCACAGGCCGUCUGUUACAGAAAAGACCUUCCUAAUAUGUGUUAGUAAACCACAGUAAGCAGAAAUUCCAGUUAUUUUGAAUAAUGAAUGUUUGUAAAUAUAGAGAGAUAUAAAAUUCAAGUAGAUGAAAUCCAUUAAAAUUCAGUUGUUAUAAAAAAAAUUGGACUAACUGUAAAGAUGUUUCAAUAGGGUUUCAAAACCAGAUAAGGAUAAAUUAUGCUCAUCCCUUAUGCGAGGUUAGCUCUGCCACUUAAUUUCUAUGGAGGUUCUUGUAGAAGGUCUCUGAUAUUCCUUCAUCCACAGCAUUUAUGUCCAAAUAUUACCAUUUUCAGUUGCAAUGCCUUAAUUUAUAAGCGGAGGGCCUGAAAUUUCAGGAGCCAAGAGAUGCCAGCCAGAAGCUGCAAAAAUUAGUAGAUGUUUAUACAGAGGCUAUUUUGGAUGAUACUGUUGUCUUGUUUCUACUUGGGGAUCACUUUUAGAUGAAUUAGUCUUCAAGUGGAAAUGUGAACAAGUGGCUACCUGAUAAGAGUUGUGUUGGUUUUUUUUCUUGCCCUUAUAGGGAACCUGAGCACAAACUGAAUCAUUCUGCUGCAAAAAAAAAAAAAAAAAAGUCAUCCAACCCCAUCUUUAUCUGUCAUCUCGUUACAGCUCGCUCGUGCUUCUGCAUGAGCUCAUUGUUAGAAGUUUUUUAAAAAGAUCUAUUAUAUAUAAAAAUAUAUAUGUAUUGAAAGGUGCUAAUCAACCUCAAGAAGGUCACGUGACUGGUCAUGCGGAUCUAAAAUCAUAUCAGAUUUUUUAAAAAAUCUUCGAUAUAUGCAGAUGUUAUACAGAAUUUCUUACCAGUGUAAUAAUGAUAUACUGAUGAAUAAACAAUCCUGCAGGUUUUUAAGGACAAGGUCAGCAAUACUUCCCACCAUGGCUUGGGGGAGAAAAGGAUAGUUUUGUCUCCUUUUUGUAUACAGCAUAAUGCACAAUGCAUUUUUGUCUAUCUCUCAGUAGCUGUUGCUUAAAAAUAUAGUUAAAGGGUGUUAUACAAACUGUAAAGGUGUGCUUUUGAACCGAGCUCAUGCCAGACCCUUCUGGACCAGAGUUUUGUAUCACUAAUUAAAAAACUGUUACAGAGUCUGUGGUCAAUCAGAUUGUAUGAUAUUUUUCUCAAAGAUUGGAAUAAUCAGUCUACCUACAGUGUUUCUAGGGCACCUACCUCCUCAGCACACAGUGCUGAAACUGCUGCAGAUUGUUUCUGUGUAAUUGUGGGUUUCUUUGUACCAAACAUGCAGCUCACUGUGACAUGCACUGGAACAGAAUAGGUCUGUUUGCUUAAAGCUGAUCAACAAUUGCUCUCACAAAUGUCAUUCCCUUGGAGUUAUGUUUAAGUACCUUUUAGUUGUAUUGUUGGGGUUAGUUACAGAUUUGUUUUUCAUUUGGGGUACUUUAUAGAAGUUAAGGUACAACCAAGUAGCUUAUAUUUCACUGUUUGUUAAGUUGAAAUGCUGAUUUUUUUUUUUAUGAGCACUACUCAGUUUGCCUUAUUCCAUUAAGGAGAUUGUUGGGGGCUUUUUUUCAUUCUCUUGCUUAAUGUUCCUAAAAACCCUGUUCUGUAAACUGAGAUCGACAACCAAACCGUAGACUUGACGUGAAGCUGUUCCUUAGUGAUGCUUCAAGUGGCCUUCCCGCUGCCGCCGCAGCUCUGCCGCACCAUCCCCGCGCUGCUGCCACGGCAGGGAGGGCGCAGCCCGGUCCUGACCUCAGAGACACUCUGGAGCCGAGGGUGGCACAGCCACUGGCACACCUGGCGUUUGUAUACGGACCUCUACUUGUCUUCAAAUGUGCGGGUUUUUAAAAUUGUUGUCUGGAGUAGGUUACAUCUCUUAUGUGUGUUAGAUCGAACCAAAGAAGCCUCCAGCCAUGCCCAAAUGCUGCUCCUAAAGCCUGCCUUCCAGUCCUUACAAAAUCCCUGCAGGAUUAAAUGUGUUAACUUUUUUAUUUUUGUACAGUUUCUAACUGAUUUUUGCUAGUGAUGUUAAUUAAGUUUAUUUGGGGAGUCUGAAUAUCUCCUCCAUUUAAAUAAACUGGUGACUUUCCUUUUAUGUUUAAAAAAAAAAAAGUAAAAAAAAAAAAAAAAAAAAGAGAAACCCAAAGUGUGCCUCUCAGAUUUAAGGGUUUCUGGUUACAUUUAUUCUUAAGACCAGCAAUGAUUCUUUAUAUACAAAGAUAUGUUUUCCUCAUUUUUUUAUUACUGUUAAAGAAAAAAAUAAAAAAGAAAAACCUCUUUCUUUGCUCUGGACCCAGUAAUUGCGCUGGUACAUAAACGCACUGAGAAAACAAACUUUUGUUUGAAACUUUUGUAACAACUUAUGACUGUUUUUGUAUAUCAAAGUUGAUUCUUUUCAAGAUAUUUGGAUCUAGUUUCUAAGUUAUUUUAGCGUUUUAUAUGUUACAAAAAAAAAAAAAAGAAAUUACUUUAAAUUGUUCACCAGCAUCUUGAGUUAUCUUCAAUGCCAUGGUGACACACAGUGGGCUUAGAGCUACCUGGAGUAGCUUGUAAGGCCUCGCUCUUUUCCUUCCUUCCUUAGCAACUUGAUUGAUUACAAUAAUAUCACAGAUUACCUGAACCCCCUUCCUUUAUAACUAGAUCCUCCUUCCUUCCACAUUUAAUUGCUAUUAGUGUGAAGAAACUGUUGAAAUGGGCAUUUAAUAUAAGUACGGCUUAAAAAGAGAAAAAUGAGGAAAAAGAAAAAAAAAUGCUAGAAGGUUAUCUGUGGGUCUGUGAGAUAUGGCUGUGGAAAGAUAUUGUAGUAGUUUUAACACUAUUGUUAUUACCUUUUAAAUCAUUUACCCAAUAAAAUAAGGAAAAAGAAUCACCA